CGAGACGCGGUGGGCGUGUCCACUGGAGGCAGCAGGUCUCCCUGCCAGUCGGCGCUCCGGGCCCAAACCCUCCGCGGUCUCCGGGCAGGUCGCCGCUUUCUCACAUUAUUCAAAGUCAAGUGUAGUUUUACGGGUCACAUCUCCGGAGAUCCGAGCCGCUGACACGAACUUCUGUAGCCGAACGAGAGUUCAGUUCGUCGGAUACAAAGUGUUGAGAGGAGACGGUAAAAGCAGCCUGGACGGGCGGGCUGUGCCAUGUUUUUCUAACGCUACGCGGUUAAUUUGAUGAAGCCCGCACCUGCAGCUGACUGUCCGCCGUGAAGCAGGAUGAACGGAUACGAAACUCCAGCUUUCGCCUCCGGCAUCUUCGGCUCCUACAGCUCACAGAUCAACGGCCACGGCUCCCCGCCUCCCGAGCCUCCCAGCAGUAAAGCCAAGUCCAGUGCCAAAGCGCUCUACGAACAAAGAAAACACUUCACCAAAAACAGCAUCAACAGCCUGACGGACACGUCGCAGUACCAUGUGGAGCACCUGACCACGUUUGUGUUGGACCGUAAAGACGGGAUGAUCACUGUGGACGACGGAGUGCGACGUCUUCGUCUGCUGGACGCCAAAGGAAAGGUUUGGACUCAGGAGAUGUUGCUGCAGGUGGAGGAGAAAACCGUCAGCCUCAUCGACCCGGAGACGAAGAACGAGUUGGAGAACUUCCCCAUCGGGACGAUCCAGCACUGCCAGGCCGUGAUGAACGCCUGCAGCUACGACUCCAUCUUGGCUCUGGUGUGCAAAGAGUCGGGUCAGAGCAAACCUGACCUCCACCUGUUCCAGUGUGAUGACAUCAAGGCGAAUCUGAUCCACGCAGACGUAGAAAGUGCCAUGAUCGAUGCCAAAGGAGGCAAAGUGAAGAAGAGACCAGAGACCCUCAAGAUGAUCCUGAAGAGUGAUGGGGUCAUCCCCCCCCCCGCUGCUCCCGCCCCCGAACCACCGGCAUCGUCCGAUCAGGUGGACGUGAAGAGUCGAGUGGCCGCCUGGUCAGCCUGGACCAAUGAGCAGCAAGACUAUGAGAAGCAGAGACAGUUCUCAGAGGAGGACGGGCCGAUGGAGAUGAGUGCGGCCACAGUGGACCGAGACGUGCAAAUCCUGAACCACAUCCUGGACGACAUCGAGUUCUUCGUCACCAAACUUCAAAAGGCUGCCGAGGCCUUCAACGAGCUCUCCAGGAGGAGGAAGAUCAAGAAAGGCAAAAAGAAAGGUCCAGGAGAGGGCGUCCUGACUCUGCGCUCCAAACCUCCCGGCGAGGACGAGUUCGUCGACUGUCUGCAGAAGUUCAAACACGCCUUCAACCAGCUGGGGAAGCUGCAGGAUCACAUUCAGAACCCGAGCGCUGUGGAUCUGCUUCACUUCCUCUUCACUCCGCUCCGGAUGGUGAUCCAGACGGCGGGCAGUGUGGAUCUGGCCCGGAGCGUCGUGGUUCCUCUGCUGACCAGAGAGGCCAUCGACUUCCUGCACGCCUCGGGGACAGCAGAGGAGAGACACCUGUGGGUCACUCUGGGAGACGGGUGGACCAAGUGCAGGUUGGAGUGGCCGAAGGAUCAUUACUUUCCUCCCUGUGUGCUGAGGUUUCGGGACGGCUGGGAGCCGCCGGCGUUUCCGUCGGCGACUCCGUCCAGGGAACGGGAGCUGACUCAGCUGGCCGAGACUCUCGCCACCGCUGAGAUCCUGAGACAAGAGGAGCUGAAGAUCAGACUGGCCCAGGAGCAGUCGGCGGUGCAGAGGUUCGCUCCUGCAGACGGGUACGCCUUCUCCAACGCCUCCUACAAACGCAUGCAGAUCCUGGAUCAGGACGCGGCCAUGGCUGCUUUUAAACAGGCCGUCAGCCGCCACGUAGACCGGAGUUUUGAUGCCGACAGCAGAGGCCAACCAAAACUGUUUGCCAAAUCUAAAUAUGACUUUGUGGCGAGAAACAACACGGAGCUGUCUGUCCUGAAAGACGAGGUGGUCGAGGUUCUCGACGACAGGAAGCAGUGGUGGAAGGUUCGUAACGGCUGCGGGGCGUCCGGCUACGUGCCAAACAACAUCCUGGAGAUCACCAAGGCAGUGGACAUCACCGGCAGAGGAGAGCCCAUCUACAGCCACACCAUCCAGAAGCAGACAACGAAGACGGACUACAUCCCCAGUAAACCGGUAGCGACUCCGAUGCCUCCGGCUCCCACGCCGCCCCCUGCGGCCCCCGCCAGGCUCCCCACGCCGCCGCUGCCUCCUCCAGCCGCCGAGCCCCCCAAGCCGGCCGGCAGCAGCACGGUCAGCCGCCAGAACAGCACCACGUCCAGCGACAACGGCAGCGUCGCCGUUCGAGACCACGCCAACCAGAGACCUGCCCCCGUCAACCGCAGGAAGUCCAACAUGGAGGAGGUUCAGGACGAGCUGAUGCACAGACUCACUUUGGGUCGCAGCGCUCAGAAGAAGUUUCAGGCUCCGUCUCGCGGCGGCAGCCUGCCGUCCUUCAGCAUCAGCUACGACUCGUCGCCUGACGAGGUCAAAGCCUGGCUGGAGGCCAAAGGCUUCAGUCCAGUCACCAUCACCAGCCUCGGCGUCCUGACCGGAGCUCAGCUGUUCUCUCUCAACAAGGAGGAGCUGAGGACGGUUUGUCCCGACGACGGCGCUCGAGUCUUCAGCCAGGUCACCGUCCAGAAGGCCGCGCUGGAGAAGAGUUCGGGCUCUGAGCUCCAGGAGAUCAUGAGGAGGCGGCAGGAGAAACUCGCAGCCAGCACCUGUGAUUCAGGGGUGGAGUCUUUUGAUGAAGGCAGCACCCACUGAGCUCCACAUUGCUUCCUCCCUCCCUUCCUUCCUCCUUUCUUUCAUUUUUAUUUUUUUCAAGCCUGCUGUUUUCUCGCAGGCGGCGGCCGACCGCGCAGAGUUUGUGGAGAUCAUGCGGCGCAGGCAGGAACUCCUCAGCUCGUCUCCGUAGGAAAACGUAAAGAACGACCAGCCGACUGACUUUUGGAGCGUCCAGUAUGUUCAAAACACACAGAGAAUAUUCUGCCAUGUUUGCCUGAAGUUCACGUGAACACUCUGUGGACUCUGGACGCUGUUUUCUUGGUUAAAAAAUGAAGAAAAGCUGCUCAGUAGCUCAUUUUCCAAAGAGCCUCUCAGUAUUAAUGUUAACGGCUGGCAGGCUGGCGGCUCCAGUUCGUGCCUCGUGCAUCAGUGACGUGGAGUCGCGGAGUUAAGCAUUAGCUUUUCUGAAAGACACAACACUGACUGCUGUUUCCAAAGUAUUUCCAGAAUCUGUGGCGUGGCGAGGAGUCCGUGGCACUAUCCAGCCCCGCCUCCUCUUCCCCAUCAUCCUCAUCCUCACUGCUGCUUUGUAGUAUCUUGUUCCCGCAAGAUAAUACUUUGUGCGCAGUAAUUAUAAGUAAGUAAUACUUUACAUACUGUAUCAUGUGCGAACACGAUCUUUCAGGACUUUAGGUGCUCUGGAGAGUCUGAGGACUCUGGAAAUACCUUAAAAACUGAGGCGAGUGUUAAACGACCAUCUGGGGUCGUCAGAUUCAUCUUUCAGAAAAGCAGAUGUUGAACUUGAAUGUAAUGAAACUAAACGAGGCAUAAACUGGAGCUGGUACUUCACAGCUGACGGGUUGAUGGUUUGUCUUGUGUAGAAAACAAAAGAAAUGAAUGUUGGCUUGAAUAUAUUGUUCUAGGAAAUACAUGAAUAGACUGAUAAAUAUAACUGUACAUUUUAGAUUUUUUGGCCAAAAGAGUUAUGAUAUUCAUAGUAUAUAAUCUUUUUUAUUUUAUGGUUGUAUCAAAAGUUUAAAGAACUUAAUAUAAUAGAACUGAUCGACUGAAAAAGCUAAAUCCUUUUCUUAAAAUGCACAAUAACUUUAUUAUAAUGUCUAAUUUAUGAGCAUCAUGUGGUUUAGAGUUAGUGACACAAUCACAAACAGUUUGUUGAUGUUAUUAGAUUUGGCGAUGAGCAUUUUUGCACAAUAAAUAAUAAACGUAAAGGUUUCUCCGCCAGAGGCGAGUGAAGAAUCAAACCUGGGAAAUGAUUUGAGAAUCACAGGUUGGUCAUCUUACAUCAUCACGUGUCGACAAACACGCCAUUAACGAAGACAUUCGCUGUGCAGAGCGACAGGAAGCUUCAUGCUAACGUUUAGCGUUCAGUCGUAGAACAGCAACUAAUCUUAAAUGAUGUGCAGCGGUUUAGUGGACAAAAUGUAGAACUUAUAGAUUAUACAAAACUAAGGCAGACUAUGGUUUAAUGUUUGACUACUUAAAGCUUGGUCUGGUCAGAGGUGGCCCUGAUCCAGGACCAUCAUGCGGUGUAACAAAGUCUCAUAAAAAGUAUUACAGGCACAAAAUACAAACUCAGCGAAUGGUCGACAACCUUCUCAGGCUAAAAAACACGCUUUACGCCGACGAAGAAGGUUUUUGCCGUUAUUCAAUACAAACCAGGUAAAAACCGAGCGCUCGGUGCUGCAGUACCUCCUGCAGUCACAAGAUCUAGAUCCCGUAAGCUAUUUUACAAGCCGCGACUGAAAUGUCAGAUUUCCAAAGCGAAACUGAACGUGACGAAUUUCAUCUCACGUGAAACUUGCACACACAAAUUUUUCAAUUUGGACCGAAACUAAAAUAAACCGAAGCGUUCGGUUUCUGUUCGCUGAUAAAAGUAACGCAGUGUGUUUCUCUCAGCUCGCGCUGCGCUCAAACUUUAACUCAAAAUAAAGCUGCGUUAGCAAAGACGCCGUCACCCCACAUGCAUAACAAACAAACACGUCAUCGCUUCAGGAAGUUGACCAAUGGGACAAAAAUGUAUUUUUUUUAAUACCGUAAAUUCUCAAAUAGUCGCAUCAGUUGCAGAGAACCAGGCCUUUUAUUUUCACUGCUGCCCAGGUGAUUUAAACUCAACGCUUCGUUUACCUGUUUUCUUGAUAAAUUCGGCAUAAUGAACAUCAGAGUCACGCCACACUCGCCACUCUGUGAAAAACGCUCUCCUUUCCCAGAUUUAAAAUCCGUUUACCUUUUUAACGUGUGAAACGUCAACGUAACUGAUCGAGGAAACCUCGAACUUUGACGACCUCGACAGAGAAACUGUACAUCGUGGCCGAUACCGAUCAGGUGUAGCCUUCAACGCAACACUUCCUGCACAGAUUUUUCAUAUUAAAAGCCUUCUAGUUUUUAAAUGUGAACAAAAGUGACACUGAGGGUAACUUAACAACAAUUUAAAAAAAGAGUGAAAUGUAUAUGUAGAGAGAACAAGUUGCUCUGAUUACCUUCUACAGAAAACAAAAACGCUAAACGACCUGACGCUACUCUUUUGUAACGUACACCAUAUUAAAUUUAAAGUAAUUCUACCCCUCUAAGUUGAAUGUAUUUUUUACCUGACGUUUAUUUAUUCGUGCCUCAGACUCUUCCACUAUUCAAAUACAGGCUUUUAUUUGAGAAUUUAAGGAAAACUCUUCAUCUGUAAAUGUUGUCUCGCAAAAAUCGGAAACCAAAAUCUGUUUAGAAGUUAGCACAAACACCGGAUCAUGGACUAGCUGGAGAAAAUAUUAUAUAUUUAAAAUAUAAAUAUGUAUGUAUACUGUAUGCUUGCAUAAAGAUGUACAAAAAUUCGCCAGUACAUUCUUGACUCACUGUGGCAUCGAUUGUACCGAUUUUAGUUUUCCACUUUCGAGUGCAACGGAAGUAAACAGUGGAAAAGAUGAAUGAAGAAGUUGUUGUCUGAACUGUGGAACGACGCUGUAGUUACACUGAUUAAAGCUGAGUAGUUCACUGUUGUUAAUGAGAGUAAAGUUUCUGUAUUUAGUGGACUGUCCUCGUAGCCAAUCGGAAAGAAACGUUAGAGAGAAUUCACUACAAAAAAAUGCAUUUGUAUGUGUAUUUGUAUAGUUUUCAUGGUGCCUUUUCCAUAUAAAUCUGCUCAUUCUGCAAUAAAACAUUUUACAAAAAUAA